AUGAUCAACCCGACCAACCUUAAAAAAUGUUUUAACCGCGGUCAUAGCUCAGGUCUAGGCGCCAGUUACACUUUAACAUCGAUCUCGGCUAUGUUCUUUUUAGCUCAUCACUCUUAUCCUAAAUCUAAUGAGCUGGGGGCUAACUGUUGGGGUCGGAAUCCUCCCUACGAGCUCAACGUCCACAAAUCAUGGAAAACUGUGAAUCCGGCGAUCCAAGCUAUGACGAGCUACGGUCGUGACGAACUAUGGAGAAUUUACGCGAGCAACGGCAAGCUGCGUCAUGGAGAACUACGAACUGUGCGCUGA